AUGAAUUCUUCUUCAACUCGUGCAGAGAACCUACAACCGACCAAGGAAACCUCGAAUACAAGCAACACCUACCUCACACCUGGGUAUGGGGCAAGCCGAACACAUCGUCGUGCACCGAGGUAUCGGAAUGCUUCAAAGAUACUUCAAGGGCAGAUUGAAUGCGGUUCUGAAGAGAUAGACGUUGCUCUGCAUGGUCCGUCGUUCAAUAUGAUGAACCAAGACCAAGCUAUGCAGUCUUGUCCAGAGCUGGGCUGUCGGUAUAGCCAUUCGUGGCAUUCGGCCCCAGCUUCUAGAGACCCUCACAGCAACACUUACCAAGGCGGCCCCUUGUCUCAAUCAACAACUCCGACGAAUCUGCUGCAUCGGCUGGAUGGUCGCCUUCGACAAGCGUACUUUGAAUCUCCCUUUGGAUCAAGUCGAUCACUGUCCAUUUCUUCACUGGACGACUCGGCAGACGAUUCCAGAUCCCAAGCUGGCAAAGAGCGCAGACGAAGGGCACGCGACUCAGAAGUUAAUCGACAUCACAGCAACUCGUCAGCCGACAAUUCGGCAUCGGUCCCGAUCAUGUCGGCUCCGGCAGUUCACCAAGGAACUCGUCAGUUGGCUGUGGCGGGGGUAGUCCUGGGGGCAUUGGAGCUGGACCGGCUGAGCCUCAUGGCGAGAGUAGACGAAGAAAAAGGGAGGUUCAGAUCCAAGUCCAAGUCAAAACAGAAACAGAAGUCAGGUACAGAAGAGGCAUAA